AUGGCCGCACUGAAGCUGUUCGUUAUACUUUUCGUGUUAAUGAGCCAUUUUUUCGGUGAUCAUCCAGCAUAUGCAAAUUACUUCAAGAUCGUGGAUAUAAGAAGUCACGUGAAUACUGAUACAAUCGCCUUCAAAACACUCGUCCACGAUAAUAAUACUAAAUUUGACAUUUAUAUGAACCUUUUCAAACCACUUAAAACGCACGAUCUGCUGAUGAGUUUGAAGCUAAAACGAAAAAUUGAUGGCAGCUCAAAAUACCAAACUAUUAUCCAACUGCGCCGUAUCGAUGUUUGUAAAUUUGUUGCAAAUAAUCAACAAAAAUUUCUCAUGCAAACAGUUUUCAAACUUUCGGCGCAUGUAAUGUCCCAACUGAUGUGUCCUAUGAAGGUGGGCGACUACAAUAUCACUAAUCUUUUGGUAGCAACGAGUAAUUUUGUAAACUCCUUGGAACCUGGCAAUUAUGGUUUCUAUGUGGAGGUGGCCCAAUUGAGCGGUUUGUCCGUGAAACUGCUCAAUAUGCAAAUCAAUUUGCGAUGUCACAAGUGA